AAUCCAAAAAAAAGCAAAUGGCCACAAAAGAGUAACAGAUAAACCAUACAACACAGAUUGCCUGCCAUGGCUGCUACUAUAAUUAAAACUUUAACUCCACAUUUUGUUUCACCAAAACAGAUUCUACUCUCAAAUUAUCGGAAGCCCAUUUCAGAUUCAGUUUCAUACUUUGGUAGAGCGCAAGGACAAGUUUCAGUUUCUGUUUCUUUCAAUCCGUCGGGCAAUUUUGACGUUUCUUUAUUUGAUGAUGAAGAAGAUUCACCAACUAUGGAGCCUCCAAUGCCUCCAACUCAGGGUAGAUUGGAUGUUGUUAUUGAUAAUGAUGUUAUUCGUAAUCUCGAUUUAUCCCCAUUUAACAAUGCAACCGGAAUUACUUCACCCGCAUCAGCCGAGCCUAAAGAUUAUCUUGAACGAACAAUCGGAUUUACCAUAAAUUACACGAGAGAAGAUCCCCGUGAUCCUCGAGAAUUAUCGGAAUUCCCUGAUAUAAGGCUUUGGUUCGUGAGGCUUGAUGCUAUGUAUCCUUGGUUGCCGGUAUUGUUAGAUUGGAGAGCAGGGGAGCUUGCUCGUUACGCAGCCAUGUUAGUACCUCACCAGAUGAAUAUGAAAAUGGGAAUCGUAUUUAAUCCUGAGGCAGUGGAAUUGUUUAUAAUGAAGAAAGUGUUCAUAGUGUAUAAUUGGUUGAAGCAGAAUAAUAUUCCAAAGGCUAGAUUAAAAACUAGUGACAUGGCUAGGAUGCUUGGAUUUGGGAUUGGAGAUGAACUUUUUGACUUGAUUGAUUCGAGAGCUGAGUGAAGCCGAUCCGAGUUAGCGCGUAAAGAUAUCAUAUUCUGAUGAUUGAUGAGUGUGAAUUGAAAUUAAUUUAGAGAAGGAGCUGCAAGCAAAAUGUUUCAUGUCAAGACUCUGAGAAGCUGCAUUGAAAGGUUUUUCUGAAGAAAAUUCAGUAGACUUCAGAGCCAAAUUGUGCUUCAAUAUAAUUAGCAAGUUUAAAAUUAUGCUUUCUAAUAUCCAUAUUUUACUGAUCAAAACACAUUAAUACCAUAAUAAAAUAUUAAUAUUGGCAUGAACAUAGAAACUAAUAAAAUUGCAUAAUGUAAUGUCAGUUAUCCUUGCUUCAUUAAUGUUAAAAUUAUUUUGUUUAUUA